GGGGUGUGGCUACCGUUACAAGUUCACUACAUUUUGUUGUUGCUGUUGUUUCUUUUGUUUUGAAACAGAGUCACACGUAGAAGCCCUGGCUGCCCUAGAACUCCGGAUAUAAACCAGCCUGGUUUUGAACUCACAGAGAUCCACCUGCCUCUGCCUCCUCAGUGCUUCGAUUAAAGCCCUUGGAUGUGGAGUGGGUCCGGGAGGUCAAGGAUCUAGGGGCCUACUUGUGGGCCUCUGCCAGAGCUGGUUUGGUUGAAAAAGAAAAGUGAAACCCGGAAAGGGCUGAGAAGCACUCUUCCCUUUUCUAAAGUUACUUCAAAGCAGGGUGCAAAGUCCCAGACCCGGCUCAUUCAACCCUCUCGACACAUAGAGCAUAGCUGAAGCUUCUGGACCCGCGGGGUGCCCAGGGUGAGCGGAAUCCAUGGAGAAGUUCAAGGCAGUGCUGGACCUGCAGAGCAAGCACCGCAGCGCCCUGGGCUACGGCUUGGUGACACUGCUGACUGCAGGUGGGGAGAAGAUCUUCUCCGAGGUGGUGUUCCAGUGUCCCUGCAGCGCCACCUGGAACCUGCCCUAUGGACUGGUGUUCCUGCUGGUGCCAGCGCUAGCCCUCUUCCUCCUGGGCUAUGCUCUCAGAACGCGCACCUGGCGCCUGCUCACAGGCUGCUGUUCCUGGAGUGCGAGCGCGCAAUCCAGCUCGGGGUUGCAGCGCGUGUUCGUGUGCGCACAGAUCAGCGCGGCCGCCGCGCUCCCGCCCCUCACUUGGGUGGCGGUAGCGCUGCUCGGAGGCUCCUUCUACCAGUGUGCUGUCAGCGGGAGCGAGGCCAUGGCCAGACACCUGUGCAAGGGCCGCGACCCUAGCUGCGCCGCCAAGCUACCGCAGGUUCCCUGCAAGAAGCAGGAGGCGGAGAUGCAGGACAUCCUGAGUCAGCUCAAGGCUCAGUCUCAGGUGCUGGGCUGGAUCCUGAUAGCAGCUAUCAUCAUUCUACUUCUGGUUGUGAAGUCUGUCACUCGAUGUCUCUCUCCGGUUAGUUAUCUGCAGCUAAAAUUCUGGGAAAUAUAUUUGGAAAAGGAGAGGCAGAUCCUUCAAGGAGAAGCUAUGGAACAUGCGACCCAGCUGGCAAAAGAGAAUGUUAGGUGUUUCUUUGACUGCACAAAUCCGAAGGAUUGCAGCACCCCAAGCAGUAAAGCCUGGCAGCAAAUCUCUGCACUUUACACGUUCAAUCCCAAGAACCAUUUCUACAGCAUGUUGCACAAGUACGUUAACAGAAAGGACAUGAGUGGCAGCCUCCGCUCUGUGGAAGGAGAUGCAGUGGUCCCUGUCCUUGGCUUUGUAGAUGCCUCAGGGAUGGCCACCACUCAUGGGGUAUGAUCUUACAAUGAACAGGAAAAAAAUCAUUUUGAAUUGUUGCUUCAUAUAAAAAAUAUAACAGUAUGUUUUAUGGCUGCUUGCUUCUCCAAAUUGUGAGACUUUUAGAUCUGAAACUGGAACAUAUGUUUGACCAUUUUUUUCUUGUGUUAAUUGUUAAACAAAGCUGAGGGAAAAUAAUUUACCCAAAGUGGCAAUCUAGAUUAAAAGUUUUAUACCUUUAUUCUAGGUUUAUGUCAAAUAAGAGCCAUCAAUGUAGAGAUAAUUGAACUUCAGAUCUUUCUGUUACAUUAUCUGAUGCUAAUUUCAAGGUUGGGGUUUUGUUGUAGUUUGCCAAAGACAGAGUAUUAGGAACCUAACACU